AUGCUUGAAACCAGCUAUCAAGCGCUAGCCAGCGCAGCAAGCGGACCAACCGGCAAAGUCUGCGACUUUGUGGCCUUCGUUGAAUUGGACGACUUGCGACAGGAGAGAAUAAACGCAAAGCAUCUCAUCCUCGAUGGCAUAGCGUGCGCUUUGGUAGGUGCACAGCUGCCAUGGAGCCGCACAGCAACGAAAGCUAUUCUCGAGAUGGAAGGGUCUGGCAAUUAUUGCACAGUCUUAGGCCGGAAUCAAAGACUCAAUCCCAUGAGCGCGACAAUCCUGAAGGGCACCUCUCCGUCGAAGGCUUUGAGCUUGACUGACGACAACCUCAGCGGAUGGCACAUCCGAGUCACAGAAGAUUUGGGGAAAGGGUAUACGAAGUCUCCGGCCCAAGGAUUUACGAUGAUGCGCUUUCCAAUGAGGGGAUCCGCAGCAAGUGGGCAAUGCUGGCUGAUAGCGUUCUGGACGCCGAAGGGAAGGCCCAGGCUGAAGAGAUCGUGGUGA